AAUAUUUCGUCUUCUGACACGCGACGAAAUUUAGUUAAAAGUAACACGUAUAUAUGUAUUCUGUUAAAAGAAAAUGUGGUUACGUUUCGGAACAUAGUUAUUCUGUAUGAUUAUACAUCGUGUUUAAUGACAUAACAAAGAGAAUUAUUUUAUUUUUAAAUGAAAAAUUUACUCGACGUUCUUUUUGUACUAUUAGUAAAGUAUAAGUCCUUGUAUCAAUAUCUUUAGUACAUCGCAAUAAUGAUUACAAACGUGUACCCAGAAUGGGCUUCUUACAAUAUAGGAAUAUUUGUCUGCACAAGGUGUGCCGGAGUACAUAGGUCUAUGGGUGCACAUAUUUCUAAAGUGAAACAUCUCAAACUAGAUAGAUGGGAAGACUCUCAAGUAAAUAGGAUACGUGAAGUAGGUAAUAUAACUGCAAGACUACAUUAUGAAGAACGUGUACCACCUUGUUAUCGUAAACCAAAUCCAGAUGCUCCUCAAGUUUUGGUAGAACAAUGGAUACGAGCUAAAUAUGAGAGAGAAGAAUUUUGUCAUCCAGAAAGACAGAAUUAUGUAUCAGGGUUUAUGGAAGGAUUUUUAAUGAAGCGUGGAAAAGAAGAUUCACGGUAUCACCCUCGUAAAUUUGUUCUUUGUGAAGCUGAGGAUACUUUGAAGUACCAUGUUAAAGAAAAUAAGGAACCAAAAGCUAUACUUAGGAUAUCAGAAUUAAAUGUAGCCUUUGCUCCAUCUAAAACUGGUAACCAAAAUAGUCUUCAAAUAUCCUUUAUGAAAGAUGGCACUACAAGACAUAUCUAUGUGUAUCAUGAAGAUCCAGAAGUAAUUACAAAUUGGUAUUUAGCUAUAAGAUGUGCAAAAUUACAUCGUUUGCAAGUUGCAUAUCCUGGUGCAACUGAGGCUGAAUUAUUAUCACAACUUACAAGAGAUUUUCCACGAGAAGGAUUCCUGUGGAAAACAGGUCCUAGACACAGUGAUGCUUAUAAAAAGAGAUGGUUUACAUUAGAUGGAAGGAAACUUAUGUAUCAUGAUGAUCCUAUGGAUGCACAUCCAAAAGGUGAAAUUUUCUUGGGUCACAGUUCAGAAGGUUUUGCAGUUAAAACAGGAGUUCCACCAGGUGCUAGAAAUCAAGGUUUCUCUUUUACUCUUGAAACACCUGAUAGAAGUUAUCUCUUGUCUGCUCAAAAUGAUGAUGAUAGAACACAGUGGAUGAAUGUAAUACAGAAGGUAAUAGAUAAACCACUUACUCCACAAGAUGCAACUGUAGCAGCACGUCUUGUAAGAAAACGCACAGCAAGUGGAACAAUGAAUAUAUUUUCUUCUGCAAGGUAGGGCUGGAUCCCUCUUAGGCAUUUUUCUUAAUAUUAUCAUAUAUUGAUUAGACAAACCAAUUGAAUGAUUAAAAUAAUAAAAGUAAGUUUAGGAAAUCUGUUUCUCGAUAUGCCUAGCAAAUCAAUAACAUUUUGUAGAUACAUAUUGUCGUUGAAUCACAUAUAUUUAUAUAUCAUUGCACGCUACGUUGCUUACAUCAUAUACAUAAGACUGGUCAAUGGAAUUUAAUGCAAAUAUAGUAUAGGAAUAAUUUUUUCUUUAAAACGAAUUUUUAACUGACAAUAUUUGUGAUGUGCUGUCAAAAGGAACAGGCAGUAUUAUAAAUAUAUAGUUAAAAGCUUUUACUUGGCAAUAGUAUCUUUGUGAUAUUCCAUUAUAUUUAUCAGAAAAAACGUAUAAAUGAUUAGUAUACAUUAUUUAUAUUUUGGUAUAAAUGCUUUAGAUGAAUAAAUUACUCUACAUAACUUUUGUUUCUUCUGAAUAUAAUCUAAAAAAAAAAAAAAAAACGAAAGAAAAUAUCUUCAAAAUUGAAUUCUACAAUUUUUUUUUGCAAUUAAGUUUAUAUACUUAUUCAAGGUAGAUUUUAAUUCUAUAUACGUACCAUUAGUCUUUACUCUUUUAUAUAUAUACAUAUAAUUUGUCAAGAUUUGUAAAUAGAAGUUUAAAAAAAAGUAAGAUCAUUAUUUUUAUUUUACAUGACAAAUGUCUGCACAUACAUACAGGGUUGUUAAUUUAAUAUUGUAGUAUCUCAGAUAACAAGUUUAUUUACUCGUUUUAUCAAAUUUGAAUAGAUCAUUGUUAAUUUCAUCAAAAGUGUGAUGUUGAAAGAUUCUAUAUGACAGUAGAUACCUUUUAGCUUCAUUCGUUUUAUUAAUGGUGCUAUCAAGGUGACUGUAUCUACUGUUUUACAGAAAUUAUAUCUUACAUGCAGAGUGUUAUAAUGUUAUACUAUGAGUCAUUGUGAAUUUGAUGAUAUUUGUUUAAUAAAGUAUUAUUUUUCAUGAGGUAUCAGCAUUUAAGCCAAAAUAUAUAAAACUACAAAUUACAUAAAACUUUUUAUAUAUUAUUAAUUAUUAUAUCACAAUAUCUCCAUUUAUCAAAUUAUUUUUUUUUAUGUGUAAUUUUCUCUGAUACUUGAAUCCUGAUAUCAUAUAAAAUUAUAAUUUAAUAAUCAGUCAAAAUAAUUAUAAAUUUUCAGUGUAAAUUUAUUAUCAUAAAAUAAUAAAAAAAGGUUAUAUUUAAAAUAGUCAUGUCUGACUUAUUGUAAAGUUUGUUGUAAUGAUGAUGAUAAUAACAAUGAUAUAAUAUUUGUAACAAUAACACUAUUACUACUACUACUACUACUACUACUACUAUUACUACCAUACUACUACUACUAAAUAUAAUAAUAAUAAUAAUAAUAAUAAUAGUAAUAAUAAAAAAUAAUAAUGUAUAAAGGCUGCCAAUAUACACAUUUACUUUGUAGUGUUAAACAAUAAAGUAUAGCAGCAUGUCACACUAUUUGUAGAUAUAUGAAAAAUAAUUUGCUUAUGCUCUAUAACUGAAGGAAAUAAAUAAUAAUGAGACAACAAAGAUAAAAAUAUUGUAAUAUUUUUAAUAAUAGCAAUAACUUCACAGAGAGAGAGAGAAAGGAAGUAAUGUAUUUUUAUGUUAAUUUUUAUCAUUAAAUUUAACUAAAGGCACGUUUUUUAUAUAGCAAAGAAUAUUCACCCAACAUAAUGCUGCAAUACUAACAUAUGUGAUACGUAGAGUAGGAGGAAUUAAUACAAAAUUGAAAAAUUGUACAGGUAUCCAAAAUAGGCAUGAUGUCUGAAAGUAAAAAAAAUGAAACCACUCUGGUAAUAAAAAGUGGAUUAAGUAGAAAUUGUUAAAAUGCUUCUUGUAUGUACUUUAUAUUUGAAUAACCUACCUGAAAAGUUUUAAGAAACUUUGUUUUACAUUCUUCAAAAAUAUCAGAUUUACUUUCCAUCAAACUCAUACCUAUAAUAAAUAAUAGAAGUUAAUCAAUUAUAGUAGAAAAUAUAACAUAUUGUAAUGUGAAAUAAACAUACUAACUGAUAAAGAAUAGACAGAUCAGUGGUGGUGUUAAUAUAAAUUGAUCAAGAAAUAACUUAGUUAGAACCAAUUUUAUAGAUUUGCCUUUGUAAAAUGUAUCUAACCACUUGUACCUGAUAAUAUAAAGAAGGCUUUAAUUUUGAAAACUUUUAAUUAUAUAUUAUAACUUCUAAGUUAAAUUCAUCUGAAUAACAUUUUAAUUCAUACAAAAUUCAUAUUUGUCAAAACUUUAAUCCUCAAAAUGGGUCUGUAAUUAUUUUAUAUAUGCAUUUUAUUUAAAUAUUGAUUUAGAUUAAUUAAUAAUAAAAUAAUAAACAAAAUGAAAAUUAAUUAUAAAAUAUACCAUCCAUGCAACAAUGGUCCUGCUAAAAAAAAACCAUAAAUAGCAUAUCUUUUAAGACGUGGCCAAUUAUAUUGUUGUAUGGACAUGGAAGAUUCAUGAUCUAAUAAACCUAAAAAAUUAUUGCACUUUUGUAACCACAAAAGUAUUGGUCUAUCGAUAUUCUGUAGUUCUACUCCAUAUGUGGAUACAGGUUGAAUAAUCUAAAAUAUAAACAAAUAAAAGAUACUUUGAUCA